AUUUACCGGGGGCGAGGGGGAAGCAGGACCCCCCCUUCUCCCCACCCGCAUCCCCUGCUGGCUCAGCUGGCACGGAGCUCCCCCGCGGGCCCCGUGGGUGGGGCACACCCCCUCCCCCCAGCCCCCAGGCUCCAGAUCCCCCCCUCCCCACCAAAGGUCACAGCCCCCUCCCCGGCAUCUCCGCUUCGGCCUUUCCCAGCCAUAGCCCGGCAGCCCCCCCGCCCCAUGGCGGCCAAGUGGUUCAGGGAGUUCCCCUCCAGUCUGAAGACGGCGUCGGAGCGGGCCAGGCCGGGCAGCGGGAGCCUGGGCAAGCUGUGCAGCGCCUCCCGGAAGCCCCUGGGCCCCGCCGAGCCGGGCCCCGGCCCCGUGCCGGGCAAAAACCGCAAGAACUCGGCGGCCGAGCUGGGGGGCUGCCGGGCGGCUCCGGGGCCCGGCAAGGAUGGCGGCAGCAGGCUGUCCCGGGACAACCUGCAGGGGCUGAUCCAGGCCGCCACGGGCAAGAUGCGUAAGAACUCGCGGGCGGAAGGCAGCCCCCAGGAGGGCGCCCCCAAGGGCCCCGGCUGCAGCACCUACAUGAACCGGCUCAUCAAGGUGGACGCCCAUGAGAAGAUUGGGAAAAGCUACCCCAGCAGUAGCCCAGCGCCCAGCCCGGCGCCGGAGGAGGACAAGGGCAAGAGCCCUAAGCAGGAGACGGUCAUCAUUCUGGAGGACUACGCCGACCCGUACGACGCCAAGCGCACCAAGGGCCAGCGGGAGGCGGAGCGGCUGGGGGAGAACGACGGGUACAUGGAGCCCUACGACGCGCAGCAGAUGAUAACGGAAAUCCGCAGGCGGGGCUCCAAGGACCCGCUGGUCAAAGCCAUCCUGCUGCUGGACGGGCCCGGGGAGCCAGGGGAGGGCGGCCCCCGGCCGGACGCGGCGCCCAAGCGGCAGGGCUCCAAGGAGCAGCUGGGGAAGGCCCCGCCGCAGCUCUAUGACACCCCCUAUGAGCCCGGGGAGGCGCCGGCCAGCACCCCGCAGGACAGGAGGGCGCGGGCAGUGGACAGCCGGCUCCCGGAGAACGACGAGCGCCCUGCCGCGGAGUACGAGCAGCCCUGGGAGUGGAAGAAGGAGCAGAUAGUGAAGGCUCUGUCAGUCCAGUUUGAGGGAGCGGAGCGGGCGGGCGCCCCCAAGGACGAGGCGCUGCGGCAGCACCAUCGCCAGAAGAGCUGGACUCCCAAGACCCUGAAGCCGACGCUCCCAGACCACGGCGAGGGCGAGCGAGUGGACCCAGCCCUGGCGCUGGAGAAGCAGCCCUGGUACCAUGGAGCCAUCACCCGGGCCGAGGCCGAGAGCCGGUUGCAGCCCUGCAAAGAGGCCGGUUACCUGGUGCGGACCAGCGAGACGGGGAAUGGCAAAUACUCCAUCGCGCUCAAGACCAGUCAGGGAUGCGUCCACAUCAUCGUGGCCCAGACCAAGGACAACAAGUACACGCUGAGCCAGACCAGCGGGGUCUUCGGCAGCGUCCCCGAGGUGGUGCAUCACUACUCCACCGAGAAGCUGCCCUUCAAAGGGGCGGAGCACAUGACCCUGCUGCACCCCGUGCACAGCAAGCUGCAUUAGCGCGGCCGGGCCCAGCCAGCUGCCUGGGGCUUCGCCACGGACUUCGGGGCAGCCAGGGGGCCGGGCGGGCUCGCGCGUGGAGCCAGGCGCAUCGCGGGAGCGGCAAGCGCUCCGGGGCCCACCCUGGGCAGAGUCAAAGACCCCGCUCCCCAGCACGUCUGAUCUCGUUCCAGCCAGGGCCCGGUCGCUGCCCCCGUGGGAGCGGCUGUUCAGCCUGCAGGACGGCGCCCCCGUUGGCUAGCAGGGGCUGCAGUCUGGGAACGCUCUGCCCCACGGAGAGCCCCCUUGGCCCUGCACAGAGCCGGAGCUGCCCGGCUUUGGUGCCGGUAUAAAGGGAUGUUGGGAUCGCCAGAGCGGAUCGUCCCGCCGGCUGGCCGGCCCGCUAGCCUGUCUCCCAAUGGCCUGCUCCGGAGGGGUGACCCCGCGCUGCCUGGGACUGUCAGUCAGCGUGACGCUGGGCAGCAAUGGGCACGGUGCUGAGCGGCUGCUCCUGGUCUCAAUCCCCUUCAAGGCCUGGCACAGGCCAGAGCUCCUGCCCCGCUGCCUCCUGGCCGCUGUCUGGGAGGGUGACGUCCCCUUUGGCUUCCUGGGGUCUCUGAGGGUUGUGGGCAGCUGGGGCCCGGCUCCACUGGCACCCUGGGCAGCCGUUCUGCUUCCCUGACUCUCCCGCACCCCGGGAGGCCCCUUUGCCCCACUGCUUUCUGUCCAGGGCAAGGUGUUUGACUCGACCGCACGGUGUCUCCCUGCUGGGAGCAUCCUUGUGACCCUCCACUGCAAGGUCAUUCCCCCUCCAGGCCUUCUCUCCCCUCCAGUCUGCCCCACCCCUGGCGUAGCCCAAAGCCAGGGCCAAACGCCUGCAGCUGGCGCUGUCCAGUACUGAGUCUGCAGCCGGCUGCCCCGCGGGUUACGUGAUCUCCCCAGCGAUGGAAGGGGGGGCACACGGCGUUACGUACUCUGUAAGCCUGGCCGGUUGCCUCUCCAGACCCUAAGUACCUGCCUACUCCUGUGGGGCCUGACUGAGGGGCGGCAGGACCCGCACUCUGGCUUUCUCCCUGUAACGGGGCCUGGUCCCGGAGCCACAAGCCCCGAGUCGGUUCCAGUCGUUUCAGGCGCUGCCCCCGGGAACAGGAGUAAACCCCUGGGAGCUGGCGCUGGGCUUCGUUCUGCCAGGCCUUGCUUCAGCAAAGCCCCCCGGCUGGUCGGGGCUCAGGUUAGCACCUGCUUUGCUGACUUGGUGCCUGGCAGGGGACGCAAACUGCCAGCAGAGCCCCAAAUCCCCCGGCGGCCGCCCCCUCCCCACUGCUCUGCCCCCUACACAGAGCCAGGGGCUCCCCCGUCGUCCCUGCACCCUGGGGUGGGCAGAGACUAGAAAGGGGCCAAUUAGUGCUUGGGUCAACACUGCCACCAUGUGGCGAGGACUCUGCAGUACAGGGUGGGACCAGGCAAGGAAGGAAACUGUUCCCCUUAGUUGCAUGUCCUGAGGAGUUCCCAGGCAGGUUCUCCCUACUGGAGCGUGGCCGGAGACACAGGCCGGCCAGCUGUGGUCGCUCCAGGCUGAGGCGCUGUCCUCAAUGCGGCGUUAGCUCCACUCCAUUUACCCUGUGCCAGCCACCUCCGGGCAACGCACCAACACCCUCGCGUGCGGGGUGGGGGCGACACGUGCGUUAGCUCUGCCGAGAGGCCAAGCCCUGAGCGCCUUUGCCCCUCCGACGGAAUCGAAUCCCCUUCCCCAAGCGAGCCAGGCUGCGGCUUGGUCUAGCCAGUGUCCCGGGGGAGUCCAGUUAGCAUGUGCAUGCAGCUCGCGUGCCUCCCAGGCAGGGCCGGCUCCAGGGUUUUGGCCGCCCCAAGCAGCCAAAAAAAAAAAGCCCC